CUGACGGACGUCACAAAAUUGACGUAUGUUUCCGACAAGAAAGUCUGUCAUUCAUUAUUUUGGUAAAUUAAUGUUUUGAAAAGAAAAAGGGAAUUUUGAGAUUCUAUUAGAUUACUUUGCAUAAUCAAGACUUAAAAUUUGUUGAUCAUGGAUAAGCAUAACAGUUCUGAACUGUUGAAUUCAGACUUUUCGUUAUCGAAGAAUGCCAGUUCCGACUCAUUGGACUCGGACUCAAAAUCGAGUUCAUUGAAUUCUAAACACGGACAAGACUCCCCUCAUGUACUGGGAGAUAUCCACCUAUUGGAUGGUGAGAAAGUGAUGAGUGUGGCUAGAGAUGUGACAUACCUAUGUCCAUACAGUGGUCCCUCCCGGGGAGUACUGAAAGUGACCAAUUACCAGCUGCAUUUCAGACCCACAGAUACAGCGGCAUUACAGAGUACUCUCAGUGUGCCUCUUGGUGUUGUAUCUCGCAUUGAGAAGGUUGGUGGGGCAUCAUCAAAAGGAGAAAACUCUUAUGGUAUUGAAAUCUUUUGCAAGGAUAUGAGGAAUUUACGAUUUGCCCACAAACAAGAGAAUCACUCAAGGCGUGGGAUAUUUGAGAAGUUGCAACAAUUGGCAUUUCCGCUAUCACAUAGACUUCCCUUAUUUGCAUUUAGUUACUCAGAGAGCUUUCCAGAAGAUGGGUGGCAUGUGUAUGAACCUAUUGCUGAGUUGAGACGUAUGGGCGUCAACAAUGACAUGUGGCGCAUAUCACGGAUAAACGAUAAAUACGAAGUAUGUGAUAGCUACCCAUCAGUGUGGGCAGUGCCAGCCGCAGCCAACGAUGACCUACUGCGUGCAGUGGCCACGUUCAGAUCUAGAGGGAGGAUACCGGUCCUGGCCUGGAUACACCCUAGCUCACAGGCCACUAUUACAAGAUGUAGCCAGCCUCUAGUUGGGGUAAGUGGCAAACGCAGCCGAGAAGAUGAGCGCUAUAUCCAGCUGAUAAUGGACGCUAAUGCUCAGGCACAUAAGCUAUUCAUCAUGGACGCGCGACCCACUGCUAAUGCCGUCGCUAACAAGGCUAAGGGAGGAGGGUAUGAGUCAGAGGACGCGUAUCAGAACGCCGACCUUGUAUUCUUAGAUAUACACAAUAUCCACGUGAUGAGAGAGAGUCUUCGAAAACUGAAGGAACUUUGUUUCCCACAAAUAGACCAGACCAGAUGGUUCAGCGGCAUUGAAGCUAGCUGCUGGCUGAAGCACAUUAAAUGUAUAUUGGCUGGAGCUGUUCGUAUAGUCGAUAAGGUGGAAAAUCACAAGACGUCAGUACUGGUCCACUGUUCAGACGGAUGGGACCGCACGGCUCAGUUAACUGCCUUGGCAAUGUUAAUGCUGGACCCCUACUAUAGAACCCUGAGAGGAUUCGAAGUACUCAUCGAAAAGGAGUGGCUUGCUUUCGGACAUAAGUUCCAGUUGCGCAUCGGUCACGGCGACGAGCGUCACUCAGACGCCGACCGUUCCCCAGUAUUCGUGCAAUGGGUGGACUGUGUCUGGCAGCUGCAACAACAGUUCCCAACCGCCUUCGAGUUCACAGAGAGACUGCUCAUCACUGUGGUAGACCAUCUGUAUUCAUGCAGAUUUGGAACUUUCCUCUUUAAUACGGAGAGGGAACGGGCGAAGGAAGAAGUGAAAACCAAAACAGUAUCUCUAUGGUCGUACAUCAACAGUCGUCAGGACUUGUACCUGAACCCCUUAUAUUGGGGUCCGUCCUCAUUCGGGGCCAGUUCGCCCCCCUCCCCCUACUCGAGACCGCAAGUAGUGUUAGUACCUGUGGCGUCGUUGAGGGUCAUAAAACUGUGGAAGGCGCUGUAUUGUCGGUGGAACCCUACCAUGAGGCAGCAGGAUCCUAUCUACCAACGCACACGCGAACUAGUAGCAUUACGAGCACAAUUAGAAGCAGCCGCAGCAGCCGCGGCUGGCGACCACGCGGCCCGCCAGCACCGCCUCGGCCUCACCCCGCCCCGGGUCGCCAGCCCACAUCACGUAUGAAACGAGGACUUGUACUUCUACGACAGCCAUCUGUCUGUCUGAGAAGUCCACACUAACAGACUGCACGGUAUUGCAUUAUUAUAGUUGUUAAAUAAAAUUAUAGUCAAGUGAUGUGUUUGCAAAACUCGGUCUCGGGUCGCCAGACCGCACCACGUAUGAAACGAGGACUUCGAGGACAGCCUUGUUGUGUCUGUUUCGGAAGUAUACACCACUAGCAGACUACAUUACUAACCGUCAGUUACAUAAAGCUCCGUUAAAGUUUCAUUAAAUCUGUUGCUAACACUGUUCAUCGUUGACAAAGAAAGAGUCAGCAAUAGAUUUAAAGAAGCAUUAACUUUAAUGGAGCUUUGUGCAACUGACGGAAACAUCGUUAAUGAAAACUGGUGGUUAAAAGAAUAGAUAGCUAAACAAGGACUUUUAUUAUUAGGUUUAUAAAUAGUUGUCUAUAAUUAAAUUAGAAUUAAAGUUCUAUAAAAAAUAUCAGUAUAAGAAUGAUGUUUUAAAAAUUCAAUAAGGUGUUUUAAAAUGUGCAUUUCGAGAAUAGCCAAUAUAAUAAUGGAUAACUAACUGACAUUAUAGGUACCCGGUGAAGUCGGGCCUAAAUUGUCUGAGUAAAUUUACUUUUGAUGGCAAAAUAAGCCAAAUAAUCAUACUUUGUUAUUAUGUACUCGAAAGUGUAUUUGACACGACUGGCUAAUUAGAACAUUUAUAUAGCUUGAUAAGAAUGAUAUGUAUUCCAUUUAUUUUUUAACCUUGUGUAUAGUUCACAUAAACUGUGUGGAAUUAUGUGUAUUUGGAAUUAAUCGUAUUUAAAAUUAAAAUAAACCUAAAAGUUAAUAGUAAUAAUGUCGUUGAAGUUUGCGCGGAGCCGUGAACCGUGAAUAUGAAAACCCGUAAACAAAUUCUGGUAAUUGUGCGGACGCUGACACCUCCCUUAUCCCGAUACGAUUCUUUUUCCGAAAUACCUAAAUGCGGAAAAGUUUCGUCUUGAGCCCCAAGGAGGCGGAUAAACUGUUUAUCUAGUAUUUUAAUCUGUGGAGGUGUUGAUUGAAAUUUGAAUAUUGUCAGUUGUCUGUCAGAAACUUGGUAGAAUAUUACAUACGAAUACUGUGUGUAAAAGUAUAAUCGUUAAAUAAUGAAGCAUUUAAACUUAUUCAGAUUCGUAACAUAUAAAAUGUUGAUGUUUAUGUUAUGCAGACGUAUUUUAAUUUUAAUUAGAGUUUAAGAGAUAUUAUAAUUGACGUAUUACACAGAGUAACAAUGAAGCUAUUUAUAGCUCAUCAACAAAUGAUGUGAUGUUUGACGUCUGAAUGCUUUCAAAUUGAGAUUCUUCGCCGAUAAAAUGUAAGUUUCAUCCAAAAUUGUAAACAAUGUAUCUUCGCAUGUAAUAAAUAUUCUAAGUUGUAAAAAAAAUGUAAAUAUUCAAAAAAUAAACGUUAAUUAUGUA